AUGGCGGAAAAAUAUGUGUAUUUGGGUAUUCGUAUACUUGUAAUUAUAAUAGCGCUUCUUUUAUUAUCAUUUUCUAUUGAUAUUAAUGAACGGCGUCGACGUAACAAAUAUAAACCAUUAACAUCAGUUUAUUAUAUAUUGUUUGUUGCGGGUUUUGCUAUCUUUACAGCAGUUUUGCAGUUUUUGAAAGGUGCUCUAGCAUUUUUGGAUACACCUCUUCUUCCACUUAUUAACGAUAUUUUGAAUCUUAUCUUUACAUUUAGUGCAAGUAUUAUUCUUGUUUAUAUAACAGGAUUUCAUUCAUGCUUAAAUACGGAAUAUGUGAAAAAGACUGGAGUCUUCUUAGGUUCUAAAGGGUUAUGUCGAGAAUUUCAAUCUAUUACAUAUUUAUUAUUAAUUCUUUUUUAUGUUUAUAUCAUUUCUUCUAUUAUUUCUGGGUUUUAUUUUGGAAAGAAGGGUAGUGGUUCUAGGAAUCGUGGUUAUGCAACUUCUUAA